GAGCCGAGCGUUGAGAGUGUGAACGGUGUUGUUGGCAUUCGGAGCACUUUGCGAAGACGAAAUACGUCUUCAAUCGUCAAUGAUUUGUGACUUUUCGUUCAGCAGUGUAGCAGCUGUGUGGCAGCCUUGGACCAAACAGCGGAGUUGGUUGUCACUGUGCACUGUUCCACCACGAGCGGUCCUUUCGCGUUUGACGCAGCGUUUGUCUCUGCGUCUGUGUGAUCGAAAAUUUCAGAAAGACUACAGCAGGAAAAGCUACAUUCGCCUUGUGGAGCUAUAGGAUUUAGUUAAACUUGUUGCGACGGCACCGGAUCAGGAAAUAAAUUUUGUGUGAAAUACAGCCGUGUUAAAUCUGCGGUGUGAGGCAUGGGUGACCAAUGGGUUGGAUGCGUUGUGGUUGUCGAGUGCGGAGACAUCCUUGGCACGUACCAAGGCAAGAUCGAAAGUGUCGAUACAGACAAGCAGCAGAUCGUGUUGUCGCAAGCAUCUCGAAAUGGUGUCAAGUGUCAUGUCCCGCAAGUCACCAUCUGUGCUCAGGACAUUGUGGAUUUGAACAUCAUAAAAUCAUCUGAUAGUAGCUGCAGUGAAUCACCAGGAGUGUUGCAAGAAGUCAAUGGCACUCGGAAAGAUGCCAAGAAGAAGGUUGUGGCGGUCGCUCCUAAGAAAGGCGAAGGGCCUCGGAGGGCUACGACAGCUGCCAUGAGGUGUCGUGAUGAUGCCUGUUUUAGUGCUCCUGUUGACGCCACUGUGCUGGAGCAAGACUUUGACUUUGAGAAGAACCUGGCCCUAUUUGACAAGCGAGCAGUGUUUAAUGAGAUUGAUGCUGCACUCUCACGGCCUGCACCAUGCAGCGACUACUCGGCUCUGGCCGGCAAGUCUGGAGCCCAUGUGGUAUGCACACCAUCCAGUUACCGCUGUGACGAAAACAUCCUGGGUGGCAGCGCACUGGACUCCAUGUGUCGCAUCCGAGUGCCUGGCAAGCAGGAGAUUAAUUACGUAACCGACAUGGGGCUGCUAGUGCCAAGUGUGAGUCUGCAGCUACGCCAACAGAUCCUAGAGGCUGCUGUACAGUGUGGCUACAGUGCAGAGCGACAGCUGGAGAUGAUUGGCCGUGCUGCAUCAGAGAUGGUGCUGCAGCUGCUUGGUGGUUGCCGUAGGCUAAACCCAGCCAAUAGCCACCAGCGGCCCACAGUAGUGCUGGUGUGUGGGGGCCACCGGCAAGGCAGCCAGGUGGUGUGCUGUGGUCGGCAGCUGGCUAAUCAUGGUGUCGAGGUGCUACUCUGGCAGCUACCUCUACUGGCUGGCGGCUUGGCUCCUGUGGACCCACUCUUCUCAGCCGAGAUUGCUCUGUUCCGCAGAAGUGGGGGAAAAGUGCGACUUACUCUAGCAGAGCUUUCCAGUAGCAGAGUGGACAUGGUGCUGGCAAGUCUGGACUCUGUAGAUGGUGGAAGCCAAGCCGAUCCAAUGGCAGUUGCGACCAUGACCAACUGGAUUAACCAAAGUAAAGCUCCAAUGCUGUGGGUCGACCCGCCACCUGGUGGCAGCACAGGGACACCAACUCCCCAGUGGGUGCUCAUGCCCCUCCUUCCUCUGGCAAUGGAUGAACGCAUUGUUGCCUCUACGGGUCUCUACUUAUGCGAUGUUGGCGUGCCCUGUCACGUCUUCCGUGAUUUGGGUGUUCAGUACGCCUCCCCCUUUGGAUCAAAGUUUGUGGUAGUGCUCCACGCGAAAAAGCCGUGAUAGCUCAGCAAGCGUGCCACUCUCCACAAGCUGCUGAGGUACAGUACUCUUCAAGUAUAAUGAACUGCUCAGGCGUGUCACUCAUGAGAAAAAGAAAGUGAAAUUGAAGAGUGCGACGAAAGAGGAAAAGUGAGACGAAGGAUGAACUACCGGAACAGACAUUGCUGGAUCUGGAGUUAUUGAAUGUGCUGACCCCUCCCUUUCUUUUCUUCUUUUUUGAAAGUGUGAUUGUGUCUGCGGGGCGGCUGUUUGCGUGCUGUAUUGUCUUGUCCCUUGGACUGCUGCUGUGUACAUUCAGGGAUGAGUGUUCUUUUGCAGAUCGGUGAAAGUAUGUGUUCUGUGACCAUUGGCUUGUGAAAGGUAUGGAUACAUUAACAGCAAACAGGUGUGGUCGAAAUGUAGCAUCAAACUUGAACUGACACAAAAACCAGCAUUAUACUAUGAGGACACAUAUGCAGGAGACAAGGAGUACCGUUGUUCGCUGGCCAGAAUUAAGAUGCUGACUUUAAACCUGAUGAUAAAAAACUGAUUUGUAGUAAUCAUGAAACUCAGAUAACAUUUCUAGCUGCUGGACAUUUUCAUUAUUGUAGCACAUCUCAUAAUCAGCAUUGACAUCUUUGCAAGAAAAACUGCAGCUGCCAAUACUUUUGUUACUUUGAGUCAACCUAUGAAGGUUGCAUGUUUUAUUUGUAGUUUUUGCAACAUCUCGAUCGACUUGUAAACCUUCAUUACUGAAAUUUUCUUUAGCAAGCUUUCUGCAUUGACAUAUGGACUGCUGUACUAAGAUACUGGAACUCUGCCUUUAGAGAAGGAGGGAGGGUAAAAAAAAGAAUAUAAGUCAAGUAAGCGCCAGUGUUGAGAUUUCACAAAAAUUUCUCAUACUUUCUAGUUGUGUGCCUCUCUCCUCAAUAUCCCUAGGCGAUGUUAAUAGUUGGAAUGGCUCUCAUCACACACUGACCACAAGAGAAGUGUCGUAAAGAUAUCACAUGUUAAAGGAAUGGCUGCAGCUCUGACAUGAUUUGACCUUUAUAGAAGACAUUCUCGGUGAAAUUAUUUUUAUGAGAUUGAACAUGUGGCCUCGUUCACACCAAUGUCUUACAAGGGACCUUGCUUGGAACCUAGCUACCUGUGUCCUUUUGGUAUUAGUGACUUAAAUCAUUAUUUGGACCUAGGUUGCAGUUUCAUUUCAACAUGAGUGAAACCUUGCAUCAGACUUGGGCUGUUUUUCAGCAAGCCCAUGCUUUGUCAAAACGGCUUAUUGUUUCUCUGUCAUCGCACGUUGAAUGCUAAAAUGCUUCAGGUAAUUUUUUACUUUCUAUUGUUUGCACGUGUGUGUGUGUGUGGAUAGCAAAGCACUGCUAUGUUCCUGCUGCAGUCCAGCAUACUCAGAGUUCCCCAAGUAGUGGAAGUGAAAAGCCACACGGUUUUAACUUUGCUUGCUGAAGAAAUCUUUUGUUUGGCCAUUCUUUAUCAUUGCCCUUAAUUAUUGUUCUAUUGAUCAACGCAAGAUCUUGUGUUUCUUAUGUAAGCUCAACAUUCCUUUGUUUGAGUUGCUUUUGUUUCAGCUGAGGUCUGCAGUUUGAGUGCCUGUAUACCAUUGCACUAAGUUUUCUGUAAACAUUGUUACUGCAAUCAUAAUAGGUAUUGUGUUACUGAAAUACUGAAAAGAAGCCUGAUGCAUCAAGUUCUUUUACUGCCCUAACGUGGUGCAUUGUAAGUGAACACUUAUACCUCUGUAUAAGAGGCUGUAAGCUCAAAAGUGACAUGUGACUAAAGCUGCGAUGAAGUAUACUUUUGCAUUUGUUAACAACAAUAUUCAAGCAUCAACUAGAUGUUUAGGUGUCUUUUGCAUAAGCUCGGAUGCAUGUCUGCUAGGUUGCUUUACAAGAAGGACCCAGUGCCUGUUGCCUCUCUUUGCUUCGUCUUCAUUCAUUGCUUUUCUGAAGAAACUUAAAAAAGUGAACUACCAACCGGUACCAUUUGGGCUUUAGUGCAAAACUUAACUUCGUGAUCUGCAUUUUUGAUUCAUUUGUAAUAGUUAAUAGUGACUCUUGAGAAAAGUUGAAAGGAGAAUUCAGGCAUGUCAAGUAACAUGCUGUAUUGAAUUACGAUGGGAGCAGACAUGGGCGAAAAGUGACUUGGCUGGAGUUGGGUCUACCUCGCAAAACAGUUUAGAUGAGAACAUUCGUAAUUUCCUUUGCGUUGUGUGUGUGUGCUGACUUCUGUUGACCUUGCUGCCUUGCUUUUCAUUGAGAUACUGUGUGCUUGCUGGUUGAUGCUUGCUUAUCAUUGUUAAGAGAUUGGAAGGGUGUGAGCCAUUUGCAGUGUGUGACACAUUUGGGAGGACAUGUAGUAUUCAUGUGAAGACAUGGUUUCAUUUCAAUUAUUUUCUUGAGCCAUAGUGGCUAAUGUGAUGCGGUGAGUAAACAUCUGUCGAAGAAAGAGUGCCCUAGAGGCAGGCCUCAGUGUUUAAGUUCAGCUGCUUUCAUGCUGUUUACACGUUUCCUCGUAAGUUUGUGAGCAUUGUACAGAGUUUAGACAUAUUUUGCAACACAUAAACCUGGCAAGUUAUAUCUAUUGUAUCAUAUGGUGUGCCUGUUCUCAUAAGUUAGGCGCAACUCAAAUAUCCACUGUCGGAGAAAGUGCAUUGUCAUCAUUUAUGUCAUGAGCUGGAGAUUUGGAAUGACUGAGAGAUCAUAAGCUGUCAUAUUGUUCAUUUGCUUACUGUCAGUGAGCACCCUUGACAGGCAUACCUGCCUGCACACCUUGCUGUGACAAACAGCAGACAGCUGUGUGCAUGCCUUAAUUUAUUUUUUUUAAACCGUGCAUCUGUUUGUCAUAAAGAGUCAUAAAGUGUGUUGCAUUAGUAUCAGGCCAAGCUUUAAAGGUACAUAUGGUGGAGAAGAGACAGGUUUCUUUCUUAUGAUCUUUGCAGACAUGAAGAUCUUUGUAUGGCAUUCUUUCCCAAUGCAAAUACUAGCAGGGUCUUUCAUUUGCCGAGUAUAACAUCAUUCGCAAUAUGUGUUCACUUUUCUCAUGUAAGGCUCAUGUCUGGACACGCCUGCACUUCCACUUUAAAGCAUUGAUCUCAUUAACAGUGUGCCAAGCCUCACAGCAGUCCAUGUCACUGUAAUUUCUUUGGCAGUUGUGAUACGGUGUUUCUCUUUUCUGGCACUUAAAGCCGAGGCUCAAGAGGAAAGUUCUGGGACAGGUAUGGUCCCUGAUGUUUUUUUGGUGCUAUCAUGAAAUGAAAAAUGGUUGGGGACAAUAGUAUGAAUUGUUUUGAGUAUAUGAAACAAAUACUCUGUAAAUACAAAGCUUUAUAAGGUAGUAAUAGAAUGGUUACUUGCUAGAACUAAAGCUGGAGCCUUUGCUUUGUGCCACCAUGGGCGCUUGUCGUCGUAUGAGUCAGCAAAGACAACGCUGCCCUGUCACCUAAAGCAGAAUGCACUCUUGUUCAGCUUUAGCUCUAAUGAAUGCGCUUUCCUUUUCGAUUGCACUCAAUUAGAGAACUUGCUGAAGAGUGCCAUUGUACUACUUUUUUUCUCCCUAAAGCAGACUAGCAUUCUGCGAAUAGUGAAGCAAGUCCUUGAAACCAUUGUUCUUUCUUCAUUUUUAUUUCUAGUCUUCCUUUGGUGGCAUCAAGCCAGUAAAUUUUAUAUGUAUUCUUGUGUACCUGUUGUAAUGUUAAUUUGAGCGUCAUUAGCUGUUCUUUGCCUUCUUUUCAUCAGGAGUGCUGGUGCGUUAAUUGCCAUUAUAUCUGGUAUCUGCAUUUUCUUUCACUUUUUACAUAGACUGGGAAGUGCUGAAAAGAGCAUUGAGAAAGGCAUACCUACUACUGAUGCACUGAUGCAAACUAGACUGUUCACUACUAAAUAUAGCCAAACGCUCAUUGUGGUGGCAUUUGACACAAUUAAGAAUAGAAAGAAUUAAGUAAAAAUAACAGGAUACAGGCUGUUAUGGGCACACCACUUGCUACAUUGUCUUUUACUGACAUCAAGUUCCAAAUUUUUAGUUGAAUAUGUUUCUGGUUACACAAAUGCACAACGUAGCUCUUCAUGUCCACUUGUUAAUCUCACGAGUAACUUUUAAAAAAAGUUAAUUGCGGGAAUUGUAUUAAAAGACAUUGGGCUAAUUGAACUGUAACAUGUUUUUCAUACAACAGUGCAUCCUAUGGGAUUGCCAUUGGUGUACUGUAAUUCUGAGAGGGUGCUAGUAUGUCUGCAUUCAUGACGAGGCCAGCGGAUGUAAAUGGUAAAAGUAUGUACAUGCAAUGUGACCACAUUUGUACGUGGGGUAAAAUUAUUACUGCAAGGCUAUUGUACUUGUUGUGCAGGGUUGCUCAUGGUAAGCAUGCAACAGAAACUCAUCGGCAAAUGAAGUGUAAUCUCAUGUUUCUUUAGAUGAUAAGAAUAAGCAUUCUGAUAAAAUAUUGGAUUGAAGCAUUGGGUUAAAUAUCAUGUGGCUCUGGUAUCAUGCAUCAGUUGCCUGCAGAAUAAAAAUUACCAUGACAUGCUAAUUCA